AUGUAUAUAAAGCGGUUGCAGGAGGCUCUGGCUCCGUGGAAUGAGAUCACCACUUCAGCAAUCGAGUUGGCCUUGAACUCCUGGAAAAAGACUCAAGACUUACUUGGUCUACUCCCUUCUCAAAUCAAACCUGACAACCCGACAACGAAAAUGAACGCCAAUUCUCCGAUUCCGCCGGCGGAGAUGCAUCCGUCCGACGUUGAAGAAAUAUCAACCUGCCAACGAGGGAAGCUUGUAUUGACAGGCGAGAUACGCUCCAAGGAGGAACGCGCCCCCAUCCUGGUCUACCUGGUGGGGGGUCCGGGGUCUGAGAACGAGGCGGACCGUAUGGGUAGAUUCACCCAGAACGCGUUGAACGCACGCUACCGGGUCCUCUUCUUGAACUAUCGCGGAACAGGCACCAGUGAGGGCAUGGCGGGUUUGAAACGUGUUCCCUCCAACAUGAAGGCUAAAUACCUCGAGCUCUUUCGCCAGGACCUUAUUGUCCAGGAUCUCGAGGCCAUUCGGCAGUGCUUCGAUGUGGACAAAUGGACGCUCUGGGGUCAGUCCUUCGGCGGAUGGAUUGCACUGACCUAUCUUUCCUUCUACCCCGAGAGCCUUAAGAAAGUCUACUUGACUGGAGGAAUGGCACCGAUUGGAAAGUCCCCAGACGAAGUGUAUCAAGCCACCUACAACAAAGUUAGGGGGUACAACCUUCGAUAUUUCGAAGCAUAUCCCCGGGACGAGCUGGUGCUGAGAUGUUUGAUCAGCGAGAUCUGCUCCACCCGUGGAGGAUGUGUUCGUCUGCCGAAUGGGGGCAGGCUGACAGUUGGGCGUCUAAUGGGCCUUGGCCGUGUCCUUGGCUCAAAGGACGGCCCAUCGAAACUUCAUGAUAUGCUCCAUCGAAUCCACCGGGAGAUUCAGUCGCCGAACGGUCUCUCACGCGCGACUGGCGAGGAGAUCGAGAACUGGAUCAAGUACGAUACCCGGCCGUUGUAUGCAGUCCUGCACGAGGCGAUCUAUUGUGACGGGCGAGGGAUCGUUUCGAAUUGGGCCGCUGAUAGGAUUGGACGCCGGCAACUCGAGUACCGCUGGUUGGAGCCCGGCUUUGUCAAGCAAGCUGCCAACGGACAAAACUUGGACAGCCCUUUAUACUUCUCGGGCGAGAUGGUCCACCCGUUCUUGUUCAACGAUUACUGCCGCCUCAGGGGUCUAGGACAAGUGGCUGAGGAGCUUGCCAAGAAGAGCGACUGGGGACCGCUUUACAACCAGCGACAGCUGAAGGCCAACACGGUGCCCGUGCGCGCCGCCAUAUACGAGUUUGACAUGUUUGUCGACUACGAGAUUUCCCGCGAGGUGGCGGAUAACAUCGGCAAUAUCAAGGUGAUAACUCCAAGGGGGGUGUAUCACGACGCCAUCCGCGAGCAUACCGACAACAUCAUGGCCGCGCUCUUUUCUUUGAAAUAG